CAUUACACACCUGCACAGGUAACAGAGACUCACCUGGAGCAGCGGUGAGCUGAGGACGCUGUUUGUCUACAGAUGGCUGAGGCGGUGUCUGCAGGGAUCCGGUCCAUGUUCUUCAUGAUCACACCGAGCGAGUCCUACUUUGAGAAAGUGGAAGAUGUCCCUCAGUAUGUGCAGCAGGCCACUCCUUUCUUUAUAGGGCUGAUGGUGCUGGAGCUGGUGGUGGGCUUGCUGAAGACCGGAGCCCCAGUGAUGACCAUCAGUGAUGGAUUCACCUCCAUAUCUGCCGGAAUGAUCUCCAGACUCCCACUGAUGUUCAUGAGAGGCUGUGAGCUGACUGCUUACAUGUACGUGUGGGACCGGUACCGCCUGGUGGAGCUGCCGUGGGACUCUGCCUGGACCUGGUGGCUCACCUUCCUGGGCGUGGACUUCUGCUUCUACUGGGUCCACCGCUUCGCUCACGAGGUGUCCUUCCUUUGGGCUGCUCACCAGGUUCACCACAGUUCAGAGUACUACAACCUCACCACCGCCCUCAGACAGUCCCUCACCCAGCAGUUCACGUCAUGGAUCUUCUACCUGCCCUUGGCUCUGGUUGCGCCCCCCACCGUCUUCGCCGUCCACAUACAGUUGAACCUUCUCUACCAGUUUUGGAUCCACACUGAGUUGAUCAGAGACCUUGGACCUCUGGAGUGGGUCUUCAACACCCCAAAACAUCACAGAGUUCAUCACGGGAGGAACAUUUACUGCCUUGACAAGAAUUACGGAGGAAUCCUCAUCAUAUGGGACAGAUUAUUCGGUACCUUCGCUCCAGAGACAGACAAAGUGAUUUACGGCCUGGUGGUCCCCAUCAACACCUUUGAAAUCCUCCAUGUUCAGUUGCACUACUAUUGGUAUUUGUGGAAAAGGUCCUGCAAUUAUAAGACUAUCAGCGACAAAUUGGCAACUUUCGUCAAAGGUCCGAGUUGGAAACCUGGUAAAUCUUGGCUGGGUGACUACGUCGACAAUCCCAAGGUUACCGGACAGGAAGUGCCUCAUGAUCCCAGCUGGACGCUGCCUUUACAAGUUUACAUGGUCAUACAUUUCCUGAUGGCGCUGGGGACUUACCAUGAUAUGUUCGAGAACAAAAUGGUGCUGUCCCAGUUUACCAUGCUGGGGAUGACCGGCUACGUUCUGCUCACUCUCACUUCCAUGGGCUUCAUCAUCGAUCAGAGGCCAACGGCGGCUCUCUUGGAGUUGCUACGCUGCGUCAUCAUGUUUACAAUGCAGAGGUACGGCUACAUGAAGCCCCUGCUGCCUUCGCUGGCCGUGCCUACAGAGGCCUUUGUCUCCCUCUCUCUGCUGUUCUGGGCUUUGCAGAGCUUCUCCCAGCUGCUCAGCAUCAGGAGGAAGGGCGACUGAGUCAACACACGGACUAGAGGACGGGGGAUUUUAUCUUCUGAAGUCAUAAUUGUUGACUUGAUUCCAUGGCAACAUAUUUAAAUAAUUUAAAACACUGUGCACAACUGCUGUUUUUUAUUGAAGAGAUACGACAAAACUGUUGUUUCAGCUUCAGCUUGAUUCACUUUUAAUGUAUAACUGGUUGAAGUCUGGUUAUGACUGAAGCUUUAUUAUGUAAAUCAGCCUUGAUAAGGUUCUCAACGGGUGAUUUUUAUCAAAUGGUCCAUUUCUCUCUUCAUAAACGUCUGCUGCUCUUUUGUCUACACGGUUAUAACCGAGGUGCUACAGUGCUUUAAAGUAUUAAUGAAUUAACAUUUUUGCAUUUCACCUAAACUACCGUGUAAAUGUUUUUAUAACACAUACCUCUAAUAAAAGAAAUGCUGCACAUAC